GGGCGACUGCGGGGCCGGCGGGGCGAGGCGAGGCGAAGCGAAGCGGGCAGGCGGCGGAGGGGACAAGAUCCGGGCGGGAGGGCAGCGAACAGGCGGGAGCGCUCAAGAUGCUGUUGUGGCGGCUGCAGACGGCGUCCGAGAAGGCAGAACUGCAGGAGCUCAACGCCCGGCUCCAUGACUACGUCAGCCGGGUGCGGGAGCUGGAGCGCGAGAACCAGCAGCUGGAGGCGCAGCUGCGACAGGGGCGCCUGUGGGCCGAGGACCAGGCGCGCUCGGCGGAGGAGGCGCGCGGCCUGCGGGCGCAGCUGGACGCGCUGAGCUGGGAAACGGCGCUGGCCGAGGGCGAGCGCGACGCGCUGCGGCGGGAGCUGCGCGAGCUGCAGAGGCUGUGCGCGGAGGAGCGCGACGCUCGCGGCCGCCUGGACGCCGAGCUGGGCGCGCAGCAGCGCGAGCUGCAGGAGGCAGUGGGCGCGCGCGCCGCCCUCGAGGCGCUGCUGUCCCAGCUGCAGGCUGAGCACCACGACCUCCACGCGGCCCACGAGCACGCGGUGCGGGAGCUGCGCGCGCGCGCCCACGCCCCGAGCUUGCACUUCCGAGCCCGCGCCGCCCGCCCCGCCGCGCCCCCGCCGCGCCUGCAGGAGGUGCACGACAGCUACGCGCUGCUGGUGGCCGAGUCGUGGCGGGACACUGUGCAGCUGUACGAGGACGAGGUGCGCGAGCUGGAGGAGGCGCUGCUGCGGGGCCAGGAGAACCGGCGCGAGGCAGAGGAGGAGGCGCGGCUAUGCGCGCUGGAGGCCGAGGCGCUGGAGCGCCAGGCGCUGGAGCUGGAGCAGCUGCGCGCGCGCCUGGAGGAUGAGCUGCGGCGGAUGCACCAGGAGCACGGGCUGCAGGCCGAGGAGCGGCAGAGGCUGGUCGCCUGCCUGGAGGAUGAGAAGGAAGCUCUCACACUGGCCUUGGCUGAGCGGCUGCGGGAUUUUCAGGAGCUGGUGCAGGCCAAGGCCGGCCUCAGCCUGGAGGUGGCGACCUACAGGGCCCUAUUGGAAGGUGAAAGUAAUCCAGAGAUCUUGAUCUGGGUUGAGGACAUUGAAAACAGGCCACAAGAUUUCAGAAACACAUACUACCGCUACACUGACUCAGUGUUGCAGAGAAAAAAUGAAAAAAAUCGGUUUCCGAAGCAGAAAGCAUCUCUGGCGGGUUCGAACCUCCGCUCAGCUGUGUACCCUAAUGGGCAGCUUGGGUCUCAGAAAGGCACAUCUGUUGGAAGUGCUGCCGGAAGAGGCUUCCUGGCCGUGGGAUCUUCUGCCUCGGCCACUGCCCGGCAGGAAGACAUUUAUGAGAAAACUGUCAACAGUCAAACCAAUAUCCGAACUUUCUCUCCAACUCGAAGCCUUGUAAGAAAUACCAAUACUCAAGUGAGAACAUUCCCUGAAAGACCAAAAACUGAAGGUACAAGGGAUGCCUCCGUGUACUUAACCAAAGGUUCCACUGUCACCCAAGAGUCACGCCAAGAUCGCUGGGGCAAGGUGACAACAGAUGCUCCGGAGAGCACCAGGUCAGAUGAGAGGACCGUCGUUUUGGGAAAGAAAACAGAAGUGAAAGCCACAAGGGAGCAAGAGAGAACGAGAUCGAAAACCAUCAAAAUGAAGCCAGAAGAGAAAAUGUUUGAUUCAAAAGAGAAAGCCUCAGAGGAAAGAAACUUAAGAUGGGAAGAAUUAACAAAGAUGGAUAAAGAAACAAGAAAGAAAGAAAGCCAGAAAAUGAAGGAGUGGGCCAAAGGGCAGGACUCGCCAAUGGAGAAGAGUGUGAAAGCAAGGGAGAUACCCAUUAGCCUAGAAGUAGCCCAGGGCAGCAGAUCCGAGAUGUCCCUGCAAGACAGACUGACACCUGGAGAGAAGCACACUGGAGACAGGAAGAGCAGCAAAGCAGUAACAAAGGAGACCAGGUUCAGGCUGGACACCAGUGACACUGCUGGUGUGCUGCACAGUGACACCACAACGGAAACCAUAGCAGAAAACAUUGUGACCAGUAUCCUUCAGCAGCUUACCCAGUCUCCCGAGGGGGAGGCACCUGUCACCUCUCUCCCAGAUACAAAAGUCACUUACAUGGACAGGAAAGAGCUUCCAGGUGAGAGGGCAACCAAGACAGAGAUAGUGGUGGAAUCGAAACUGACUGAAGACAUCGAUGUUUCUGAUGAAGCCAGGCUGGACUACCUCUUAAGCAAGGAUGUCAAGGAGGUGGGCCUGAAAGGGAAGUCCACAGAACAGAUGAUAGGAGACAUAAUUAACCUCGGUCUGAAAGGAAGAGAGGGGCGGGCAAAGGUCGUCAAUGUGGAGAUUGUGGAAGAGCCCAUGAGCUAUGUGGGGGGCAGGAGGACAGAGGAGGUCUCUACUCCCUUCCAGGUGGAGGAGGUUGACGAUUUGUCUCCAGGCUCCAGGGGGCUUGUUGAGGAAGAGGAAGGGGACGGAGACACCCGUGUCACCUUCUCAGUUGAUCAGCAUCAGAGGACCAGGCAGCCCUGGGAGAACAUCACUCACGUGGAAGAAGUGACGGAGGCAGGUGACACAGAGGGAGAGCAGAGUUACUUUGUGUCGACCCCAGACGAGCACUCGGGUGAGCAUGACAGAGAGGGCGAAGGCUCGGUGUAUGGGCAGAUCCACAUUGAGGAAGAGUCCACCAUCAGGUACUCCUGGCAAGAUGAAAUUGUGCAGGGGGCUUGGAGAAGGAGAAAUAGGGACAGUGAGGCGGGAGAGAAGGACGUGCAGGAUGUAGAUGUUCCAGCACACUCCCUGGGGGCUGACGUGGGUUCUGCCCAUUGGAAGGAGGAAGCUAGUGGUGAAUUUCAUGCGGAGCCCACGGUCAUUGAAAAAGAAAUCAAAAUACCACAUGAAUUCCACUCCUCCAUCAGGGGCACCAAGGAGCCCCGAAAGCAGCUGGUGGAGGUCAUAGGGAAGCUGGAGGAAACCCUCCCGGAGCGCAUGAAGGAAGAGCUGUCCACCCUGACCAGAGAGGGCCGGCACGAGCCAGGGAGCGUCUCGGUUGACGUGAAGAAACUCCAGACCCCUGACAGCAGUUCUGUGACCCUAGUCGCGGAGGUCAACCUCUCCCAGACUGUGGAUGCUGACCAGUUAGACCUGGAGGAGCUAAGCAGAGAUGAGGCGGAUAAAAUAGAGAAAGCAGUAGAAUCAGUGGUACGAGAGAGCCUGAGCAAGAAGUGUGGCCAAGGGCCUGGGAGUCCGGACAGGGAAGAUAGAGAGGAGGUACCCACUGGUGGCCUUCGCUUCAAGCGCUGGGCCACAAGGGAACUGUACAGCUCUGCUGGGGAGAGCCAAGAUGCUGGCCAGGCCUCUCACAGCCCAACACAGCCCACGGCCCAGGUCCCAGUGCCAGCCACAGUGGAGAUCAGCAGCCCACGUGGCACGCUGCAGUCACACGUGCUAGAGGAGGUGAGCUCCUCUGUGAGGCACAUUAGGCUGGAGCCCACUGAAAUCUGGAGGACUGAGCAAGUCUCCCAUGGAGGAGCCCCUGCGGAGAUGCUGGAGGUAAGUGAGGACCACAGUCAGGCAGCCAGCGUGCCGGGGACCAGCAAGUCUGAGAUGCACUUUACCACAGGCCCCCAUCAGAGCCAAGUGUCCACCAGCAUCAUCUUUCAAAGCCCAGGCCCUGCCUGGCAGGAGGCAGGGAGUACAGAAGAGCCCAGCCCGGCAGAGCUGUCCACGGACACAGACAGACCUGGGGGGACGCACAGCACAUUCGGUGCCAAGCAGUUUCAUGCUGAAAGGGAAAUUAGUUUUCAGGGUCCUGUUUCUGGGGCAGUGAGGGCUGGUGAUUCUUUUGCAACUGAAGAGCGGGUGGGUACCCAGGUUGCUGUAAGCCACCUCCAGUUAAGCCCAAAAGAAGGGUUCAGGGAACAAAUCCAGUUCAUAGUGCCCACCACAGACAGAGUAGACAUCCGAGGAGAGUUUGAACACUCUGCAGAGCUACCGGAGCCUGUGGAUGCCAGGCUUGGGGGGCAUCGAGCUGCUGAGCACGUGGUUUCCCAAUCCGUGGUGCUCAGCAGCUCCGAAGGCACCGUGGGCAAUGAUGGCUUAACAGAUGUGACCCAGGCCACUCGUAGUUACACUUCAGGUAGGAAAAUCCUCAUGACUGAAAAGAGCACAUUCCAAGAGACAGUUUCUGAGUUACCUCAGGAGCACAGUGUAGGGGCCAUGACAGCAGCAGAAGUGACAUCAGGCACUAGCAGAACCUUCAGGCACAUUCAGCUAGGGCCUCUGGAGACCAAAACCUCAGAACACAUUGUCAUCCACGGACCCAUAACCAAAACCUUUGUACUUGCUGGUUCAGAGGACCCCCCUGAGCUAGAUGAGCGAGCUGACCACAGCAGAACCCCAGGACGCCCUUCCUCGGGGCCCAAAGAAACUUCCUUUACCUUUCAGAUGGACGUGAGUAGCAGAAAGGCCACUCCCACCUGGACACGGGAGGCAGGGGCGGAAGUGGAAGCUCACAGUGUGUCUGACCAUGGCGCCUGGAGAGACACUGACAGCAGGAGGGACCGGGCAGCUGGCGUGAGCUCCCAGGCCUCCGCUGGGCAUAGGGGGCAGACCACCCAGGAGGAGGGCACGGAGCAAGCUGGGUUUGAUAAGACGGUGCAGCUGCAGAGAAUGGUAGACCAAAGGUCAGUGGUUUCAGAUGAAAAGAAAGUGGCUCUCCUUUAUCUAGACAGUGAGGAGGAAGAGAGUGACGGGCACUGGUUUUGAUAAGCAGACACAUUUUGUCUGAAGUGCCACACUGUCUGGUAAGCACUAACACACUGAGGCCUUCUUAUGUAGAGGAGGGGAAGCUCGUCCCAAAGCUGCCCCAUUUUUACUUUCAUUAGAGAACUCCAGGCAAUGUUCAUAUACUUGAAUCUGUAAAGGUGUUGGGUUAAUUCAUGCCUUUAAAGGCCUGGGAGUUCUGCCUUUGAGUUGGGACUUUUACAAAGACACUUUUAGCCUUAAAAAGUUCCUUUUCCUGAAGUUUUCUCUCCAUUGGUGGCCACGAUUUCUCCCAGUUUGCACCUGAUCACAAACUUGGCUUGCAUCCGUUUGAAACCAUGAUUACUUACAGGCAGCCAGAUGCUUAAACAUUAAUCAGGAUCAUAUAUUGAAGAAUAGAUUUUGCGUGCAUGUGCUAAUAUGAAAUAACAAACUAAUAUUAUAAGAGAAAAAUGCAUUUUUCUCUUUCCAAAGUUGUUUCAAGACUAUGUUUAAAAAAAAAAUCACUACAUGAUUUCAUCUUUAGGAAAAAAUUCCUUGUUAGAGAGUGAAAUUACUUGCCGUGCUUCUAUGACUUGCUCUCUGUGUGUAGAACUUCAAAAGAAUGUGAGCUCUUCUUUUCUUUGUGGUGGAGAGGGUCUCAGGUCAGCAUGCUGCUGCGUCUGCACACGUGUCCUGCUCUGCGCCCAUGGGCAAGGGGAGUGAGGGUCAGGAAUUGCUUACAGGGCCGUUUGAGUGGCACUAGGUCAAGAGGUAGCGCUCAGCCCAAGUGUCUUGCUUUGUUAUCAUCUGAGCUCUGGAGCAGCGAGCUCCCAUCAGAGCCCCUGUCCCCGAGCUCUUCUACGCCUUCGCCCUUAGCAGCAGGAUGUCCAGCUUCCCUGGUGGGGACCAGAUCCUACAGACAACAAAGAACGUGCUGAACUCAGACUGCGGCUGAAGCAGCAGGUUGGUCGCGGCAGGAAACCCAGAGGAGCUGGGCUCCACCAACCACUUGAGAUCAGAGGUCCUCAGAGCUCGGAGGGGGAAUAUGCAAGCAAUGACCUCACGGGAGCCUUUGCACUUUCAACAGAGACUACGGCAGUGGGGUGUUGGGUGCAGGGAAGCACAGCCUGUGUUAGACAGAGGAAGGUGUUCUGGGGACAGAGCUGGUGCUUCUCUUGCAACCCAGCCCUGGGAAUGUCAGAAGCUCUACUCUCGCUGCCCCAGAGAGCGGAUGUACACCACUGAAUUUAAGCAUCAGGGUGACCUUGUUUGGAUUUGCUUUAUUUUACACAUGGGCAUUGUUUUUCAAGUUCCCAUCUUGAAAGGUAUAGCAUCACAUAAGAGUAGCAUCCUAGCAGCCACCGCAUUCGCGUAGGCCAGAAUAGAUGCUUUCACGUGAGCCUGUCUAAACCCUGCUUCCUUUGGCACUUUAGACCCAACUGUAGUGUACUGAAGAAGAAGAAGAAGAAGAAGUAUCCAAGAGAUGCCACUUUCACAGAGGUUCUGAUGGUGGUGGGGAGCAGCGGGGGACGAUCUUCCCUCACCCUCUGUCAGGGUGUGUGUCAGGGUGUGCGUCAGGGCUCCUGGGACCCAGGAAUAGCUACUGCCAACAGGUCAGGGAGAAUGAGUUUUCUUAGUUGAUAAAUGGGGUAGAAAUACAGUACAGCUUUUAAGUGAUAUGCUUCUAAAGACACUGUGAAUCGGUAUAGAAAGGAAGUUGCUAUGAAUCACAGGUUGAAACAUUAACCUUUGUUAUCCAUCUACCAGACAAACUAGUGAUCAUCAGGCGCUUAGACUGGUGACUGCUGUGCCAGGGCUUAUUUCACACACAGUCAAAGAUGUGCCUUAGCUUCGUGGUGAUAGGCAACAGCAUUUGUCUAAGUGACCCAUUAGGAUUUGGCUGAGGACGCUUGGAUGCUAAGACCUUAAGUGGGCCUAGCUGACGUCAAUGUCCUAGCCCCUGACCUUGGGAACAGAUGCUGAUGUGAACGGGUUAUUACUAUCAUGACCCACCUCCAUUUAUUUGGGACAAUAAACAUCUUUUGAUUUUAAUUUUCGUCUCUACGUUGGAACAUACAUCUGCAAGGAAAGGUUCUGCCUGCUGUGUCUGCCCGAGGACUGAUGCACUGUCCUCAGUUACUGAGUCUCUGGGUCACCCCAAGCAGGGCCCACUUUCACCACUGUGGCACCUUAGGUCACCCCAAGCUCUUACUCAAUGAAACCAGUCACUCUGGACACAAGAGAAAUCAGUAUUGUGCUUGGACAAUUAUUCAAUGAAUGUUUCAACUUUCCACUCUUUGUACUGGCAUGUUUAAGAGGGCUGUGUAAAACCGAGUCACCUAAGAAGUUGAUUUUGCUAACUUCCUGGUCCCUAGAAGGCAAAUGGUACUCUAUAGAAUGUAUGGAAAUAAAAAUCUGAGGAAAAAAAAACCCUA